UCUUCUCGAAUCGUCUGUAUAUAAUUUCCAUUCAAUCUGUAAAUCUUAGCUCAAAUCGGUUCCAGUUCUAGAUUGCUUUGAAGAAAUGAUUUGGGGAAUUGUUCGCCGGAAAAUCACUGCGACUCGGGUGAUUGGACAGUCAUUCUCAACGAUUAGGCCAAGAUGUUUUAUGACUGCGCAGAAAGAGGUGGCUAUUAUUUCUUGCAAAGGUUUUGAGCGUAUUCAGAGUGCUAGCUACCACAUUUUUUCAGGCAGUUAUGUUCCUUCUAAGCCAAGAAGCAGGGAAGUUACUGAACUGAUUCAGACUGAAUCUUUUAUCGGAUUGAGGAGUAGAUCAUUCUCUUCGGAUAAUGGAGACCUGGUUGAUGCUGUUGUUCCUUUCAUGGGUGAAUCCAUUUCUGACGGAACUUUGGCUAAGUUUUUAAAGAGUAAGUUAUCCACUUAGUUAUCUUUGUAGAUGAUUUAAAUUGUUAAGAGCUUGUCAAGGCC